AUGAAAACGGCAUAUUUUUGGGUUUGUGCUGUAUCAAUUGCUAAUCUUUUAGCGAUCAUCAGAUCAUUGAUCAUUUGUGCAAUGCUAUUUAUGGAUAUUAAUGAUUUAUACAGUGAAAUACUCGAUGGUAGCGAUAAAUUUAAGACGAUAGCAAAUGAUGCAUGGACGGAGAUGAUGAAAUAUCAUGUGAUAGAGAAUCGACGAUAUAUGGAUAGUACCACAAAAUCGACCUUAUCACAAUUAAGAUCAGAACGAAUUCAUCGGCAAGCAAAUUAUAAUAAUAAUCGUUUGCAGGCACAGUGUGCAUGUGCACUACAAACGAAUAUUUGUCUACCUGGUCCACAAGGUCCACCAGGCAUACCUGGUUUUCCAGGAACUGAUGGAGAACCGGGUUUACCGGGUAGACCGGGGUUAAACGGUACGGUUAUUUUGCAUAAAUCGGAAACGAGUGAAUAUAAAAAGUGCAUAAAAUGUCCAGCAGGACCGGAGGGACCACCUGGAGAACCGGGACCAAUUGGUAAAGAAGGACCUCCAGGAAUACCUGGAAUACCCGCUAGUUCUUCUAUAUCUGCCAUGCCUGGACAACAGGGCCCAGUGGGUGAACAAGGUCCAACUGGUUUACCUGGACCAAUUGGUUCACCUGGAGAAGUGGGUAAAUCAACAAUGGUAAUGCGCGGUAGACCAGGGCCAAAAGGAUCGCCUGGACCUGAAGGUUUAAUAGGUUUGCCCGGAGAAAGUGGUGAACCAGGAAGGAAAGGAAACGAAGGCCUAGCAGGGAAGCAGGGACCUUGUGGCACACCAGGAUAUCCGGGAGAAGAUGGACUACAGGGAAAGUCCGGUGAGCGAGGGAUACCAGGUAAUGAUGUCGGAUACUGUCCUUGUCCUAAGCGUACACCAUAUACUUAUGGUGAAUCGGUUACACCACUAGAAAAACUGUAUGGUUUUAAAGAGGCAGAAAUAUAUACACCGUAUGAAGCAGAAUCAGAAUCAUUACUAUCAGAUGAAUAUUUCUAUCCAUCAUCAAAAUCAGAUCUCACUCAUAUUCGAAAUACGAAAAUAAGACGUAAUCGAUAUUUGCUUAAUAAAACUGUUCGAAAAAGAGAAGCAAUUUUAAGAAAGGAAAUCGAAUAA